AUGGCCGACACCGAGCCAUCCCACCCUAGCUCCGGGCUCCGGAAACGGCGUUCGUCCUCAACGUCCUCAGCCUCGGCACUUACACACACAGCAAAAGAAGUAGAACGCAAAAUUGCCUCGACCCUACUCAUUCUCUGGGACGACCUAAGCCCAUGGCGGCGCGAUAACCAUUUCAUCCUUUCGGGAUAUCGACCGGACAGCAAUAGCUACUACCGGUCCUUCACCUCGCUCUUUUAUGUGCACAAUGAAUCCGUCAAUAUAUGGACGCAUCUUCUUGGCGCAUUGUUCUUCCCUUCCAUCGGAGCUUGGUUAUAUCACGUCAUUGCGCUUCGGUAUGCUUCAGCGAAUAGCUCGGAUGUCCUUGUGUUCUCGUGUUUCUUCGCCGGCGCUGUGUUGUGUCUUGACGCCAUAUCAAACCAUUCCGAGGAGGUCGCGAAGUGGGGAAACAAGCUCGACUACUCCGGCAUUGUAUUCCUCAUCGUAGGGAGUUACGUCCCAGCUCUUUAUUAUGCCCUAUUCUGCCAACCUAAGUUGAUGACAUUCUACCUAUACGGGAUAUUCACCCUAGGGCUUGGCUGUGGCCUAGUAUCCUGGGUCGAACGUUUCCGUACACCACGCUGGAGACCCUACCGAGCAGCUAUGUUCGUCGGUUUGGGUGUUUCUGGUGUUGUACCAGUUUGUCACGGACUAAGUAUCUACGGCUACCAAGCCUUAGAAGAACGUAUGGGUCUCAAUUGGGUCUUAUUCCAAGGGUUCUUAUACAUCUUCGGAGCUUUUCUUUACGCAAUUCGAUGGCCCGAGCGAAGCUUCCCGGGGACUUUUGAUAUUUGGGGCAGUUCCCACCAAUUGUUCCAUAUCCUCAUUUUGUUUGCGGCUGCGUCGCACUUGACUGGUAUGGCUAAAGCGUUCGACUAUCAUCAUAGUGUCAUGGGCGGGCAAUGCUAGAAGACGAUUCUCCUGCUGCCACAUACCUAGGUACGAUGCAUUAAUGAGCAGUAGUCACAUAGAUGGAGGUGUCAUCGGGAGCAUAGACUCGUAAACUGACUAGAAGUCGUUAUACUUAGACCAUAGGGUUAGACAGACCAGGCUAUCAUUUGAUGUAUCUGCUA